UAUGCUCGCCCAUAUCAAAAGCUCGUCGAAGACAAGUUCAACCUGAGAUUGACAGCGCCUUUUGUUGGACAAGAGGGGCAGACUCUGUCUGUGCGGUUGUCAUUCCAGCAACUUGGGCUCAUCACUUCAACUCCCCGUUUCCCAAACGACGGCAUCCAACCACGGCGCAUUUUACCAAAUACCACUACGACGACAACAAGAAAGCAACCGCCAAGAUGCUAACCCCCACGACCCUCCUCCUCUUAAGCCCUCUCCUCUACCUCCUCACCCUUCUCUUCCGCACUGCUCUCCACCGCCUCCGCGUCCGAUCCCUAGGCUGCAGCCCCGUGGCGGUCUACCCACACAAGGACCCUAUCCUGGGACUAGACCUGUUCCGCGAAACUUUGCGAGCCAUGAACACACAUGCGCUGCUGCCGCUGUGGGACGCUCGAUUCAAGAGAUAUGGCAACACGCACUACACGUUGACGCUGGGGAAAUGGGUACUGAUGACGAACGAGCCGGAGAACGUCAAAGUGAUUUUGGGCACGAAGAUGGCCGAGUGGCCGAUUGAUGGACCACGGUUGCAUGCGUCUGUGCCGGUUUUGGGAAGGAAGAGUGUUUUUACUACCAACGGGGCUCAGUGGCGCGAGGCUCGAGGAAUGAUCAGACCUUCGUUCGUCAGGGACCAAGUUGCCGACCUUCACUGCUUUGCCAAACACGUCGGCAACUUUCUCAACGCCAUUCCCAAGGACGGAUCGACCUUUGACAUGCAGGAACUCCUGCUUUCUAUGACCAUGGACUCGUCUACCGAUUUCUUGCUCGGCUACUCCACAAACUCUUUGCUCGAACCCUCGCCCGAAGCUAAGCAAUUCCUCGAAGAUUUUGAGUACACCAGCCGUGAGGCCGCCAAGAAGUCUAGACUUGGAACGCUUCUCAAUUUGUUGCCAAACGGGGAGUUCCAGGCGGCUGUGACACGAGUGCGCGAGUAUGUGCGAGCCUAUAUAAGGAAGUCCCAGGCGGAGAAGACCGACAAGAAGGAACGAGACUACGUUUUCCUGCAUGAGAUUUUGAAGUCCGGCGCCGAUGAGGAGCACGCCAUCGAUCAAGUCUUGUCCGUUAUUAUUGCCGGAAGAGACACCACGGCUGCGGCGAUGACGGCGUGUUUCUACUACUUGGCUCGCAAUCCGGAGGUAGUAAAGAAAUUGAGGAAGGAGAUCUUUGAUGUGGAGGACGAGAUGCCGACCUGGGAGCAGCUCAAAAACAUGAAGUAUCUGAACAUGGUAAUCAAGGAAGGUUUGCGGCUGUUCCCUCCCGCAUCAACUAACUCCAGAGCGCCGAUCAAGGACACGGUCCUACCCCGAGGUGGUGGCCCAGAUGGCAAACAAUCCAUCCUUGUGCCCAAGGGCCAAGUCGUUAGGUGGUCGCUGUACAGUCUUCAUAGACGUAAGGAUAUCUGGGGAGAAGAUGCCCAUGAGUUCCGUCCAGAGCGGUGGGAUGAAAACCUUCGGGUCGGAUGGGAGUACAUUCCGUUCUCCGGAGGCCCGCGUAUAUGCCUGGGCCAGCAGUUUGCGCUUACCCAGAUCGAAUACGCCCUUUUCAAGUUCUUCCGUGCCUUCAAGAGCAUCGAACCCCGGGAUGACAAUGGCCCGCUGCUGCUUCGCACGAAUCUAACUGUGACCUUUGCGAAAGGCUGUUUGGUUAGUGCGACACCCGACUCGAACUAGGUGGUAACACCUCUGGAGAGGGGACUG